CAGCUGAUUCAGUUGGAGCCACGAAGGCUCGCGAGGCGGCAGCGUGUGCAGGAGGGCGCGCGAGUGACUGUAGAGGCAACAUGUCCGCCACAGCCGCCGCGCAGCAGAACAACAACGAGGAGCCCGGGCUGAACGGCUCCUGGGUGGAGUUGGAGUUGAAUGGGAACACGGGGACAGCCCCCCAGCAGCUGACCCCUGGCCUGGCCCCCCCUGCCGGCAAUGGAAAUGUAGGAGAGUCCUCAACUCCCCUGCAGGCUGUACAGGAAGUGGAGGAGGAGAGCCUGGUAGGAGGCCUUGAGCAUGUCCCUUCAUCCUCCUCCAUCCAUAAUGGAGACAUGGAGAAAAUCCUGCUGGACGCCCAACAUGAGUCCAGCCCCAGCAGCUCCUCCUGUAACAGUCCCCCCAGACCCCACAGUCCUGAGCACGAUGAAGGUCUGAUCACCUUUGAUGUGGAAAUGCCCAGUGAGAGAGAUUGUCAGUCAGAGGACGACAGUCUGGAUAAGGACAGAGAGGACGACAUCCUCAUGAAUAAAGGCGAGAGCUGGGUGUCAGACUGGUCCAGUCGGCCUGAAAAUAUACCUCCCAAGGAGUUCCAGUUCCGACACCCAAAGCGUUCAGGUUCGGUCUCUUUGAGUAUGAGAAAGACUGGAGCUAUGAAGAAAGGAGGGGUCUUCUCUGCUGAAUUCCUCAAAGUGUUCAUCCCCUCUCUGCUGCUCUCUCACAUUCUCGCCCUGGGACUGGGGGUCUACAUUGGCAAAAGGCUGACCACACCCUCCACCAGUUCCUUUUAAACCCAAACUUAUACCAGUGCCUGAAAGCUCCAUCAGACGCAGUGGUGGCAAAGUUGUGUCCAAACAUCUUCGACAUCUUUGUUAGAUACUCUCUCUCUCUUCCCUUCUGCCUCGUUCUCUCCUUCCUCCCACACACUUUCUGUCUCUAUUCUUCCCACUCAUCAUUCUCGUGUUUAGGACCCAUCACCAAAAGAAGCUGGGAGAAGAUCUACUUGUCGAUCUAGUCUUGUGUUGAUGUUUUACUUUGCCUAUAGCGCUGUGGCUAACUAACAUGUUUAGGUGUUUUGUUUAAAGUUUCUUGUUUUAACAUGCAGAUAGUAGUUAGUAACUGACCUUUCUUACCUUCUUUUACACUGGUAUGCAAACUGCGUACAGAAGUAACAUCUGUGGCUCCCAAAACCUACACAAUUCCUACAACAACUACAACCAGCAGCACAUUACUGUCACAAACUGUCACUUUAUAUUCACAGUGUGCUUUGUAUUUAGGAUACAAAUGCACGGUCGUGUUGUUGGGUUUAGUAGUGACCUAGUAGAAUUGUAACUGACUGAUGCUGCAGUUGCUUUUGGAAGUAGCCUAGAAUAUUUUGCAGUCAGCUCCCUUUUUUUUUUUUUUUUUUUUUUAAGCGCCUUUAGACAGAGAGAUUGUGUUCGAAGUUGAUUAAUUAAGAUUAAGAUAGCUGUGCCAUCUAUGGAGAAAAUCCCAGCAUGUACUUAAUUCUUCAAUUCUUGUCAUUUUUAAUUGAACUACACCAACACAGUUUUUUUAAUUAUUACUACAUAGAUAUAUUUAUUUUCUCAAUUUUUUUAAAGCGUAACUUAAAAGUGAAAGCUUUCAAUAGACUGUUAAAGCUAGAUGGAAUUCUUAUCUGAACAUUCGUGAGUCAUAUGCUCUCUACUAUAGUUUAUAUUGCAACCUAUUGGUUAGUUGAUAUUCUUCAAUGGAGCAGUUGCCACUCUCUGAUUAAUAGUUUUCACUCCAUUUCUUCUUCUGAUCAGCAAAAAGGAGCUCACAAUCUGGAGGUUUGAUAGGGAACUCAAAAUUUACACCCUAAUUUUAUAGGUAUGGAGAAUGAUUUUUUUUUUUUUUGUAUACUGGAGGGAUAAACAAGUAGAUAAGCUGAGGAUGUGGGAGUUAAGGAGGGGGAAAUUUGACAUGUAUUUCCUCCUAUUGGAUACAACUCUUAGACUUGUAGUGACAUUUAAUAAAGUUCACAAAAGUUGUGGCCAUCGCAAGUAUAGGCAGCACAUUUAAUGGAUUAAAGGUUUAAAAUGGGUAAAAAUGGGUGUGAUAGACGGAUCAUGGUGCCGCUCACAGACACCUGUGCAUGUUCUUCCUAAUUCCUAAAAGAUACAUGACUGGUCAGUCAACACUUAUUUGCCUUGAAUGCAUAUUAUGCUGUCCUAGACCGGUCUUGCAGAAAUCUACGUACUAUGCUUUCUGGUGCCAAAGGGCCUCUCCACUGUGAUGCUUACAUGUAAGCACAUGUAAGGCCCAGCAUCAACACAUUUAAACAGUACAUCUUGCACAUACUGCUAGGACCCUUGUGAUAUGUUUGAGUUAAUUGAGUUUAAGUCUCUUAUCAAUUAUUAUUUUUUGUUUGUUUUCUACUCCAUUUUCAUCUUUGCCCAACACCUUUUGAAGCUUUUUGGUUUUGUUGUGGAGGCCCAGAUCCAUUCAUUUAUUUGUGUAGAAUGUGAAGCAUUUCUGUGAACAUCUGUUGUAUACAACAAUGUUUAAGUGAAGUGAGAAUAUAUAUAUAGAUAUAUAUUUUUCGUUCAUCAGAACUUUUUCAUUUACAAGGUACAAUAUACAGUCAGCAAUUUUGUGCUUUUUUGUCAUCUUGUUUGUUUUCCCCCCUACUUAUUCCUUUACCUUGCCAAGCUUAAAUUCUAAAAUGUAAUUUAACCUGUGCUCACACUGCAGUUAAAUCAGAUUUGUUUCUCAAACCUGUGUAAGUAUUCAUAUCGGAUUUGCUUUUCUGGUCAUCAAAACGUAUCUUCAAUAGAUAUGCCAAAUAUUGUUGGAUUUGGGCUGCCAGUCUGAACAUAGCGUCUGACACUUACAUUGAUAUAAAUUACAAAUUAAAUGUAUAUUUAAGUCUCUUAUUUUAAACCCUUUUGACCCAGAACAGUUGAGGAUUGAUGCAUCACAUUGACAUCCCAUUGUAUCCACAGAUGCAUAUGCUAGAUAAAUCUAGGAAAUUCAGAGCUAUUACCUCACCAGUCAUCCCGCCUCUUUAGCAUUACUCACAACAUACCUAAUUUCACAACUGUGACAUCAACAGCAGUGAUAGUCCACCAUUACCCACACUGUUCUGAUUCCUUGUACAUGUUUUGUUUGGUCCUGAAGGAGAGGGGCUUCUUUAUGUUAGUGAUAUUCUUAAACACCUCACGCAUUUUGUUUGCGCCCAUUUUGUCCCCUUUUGCAUGAACACAUCAUUCCAAGCUUUGGAUCUGCUUUGGAAGAUGGAACCCUGAAUUGGGACAAAAAAAAGAAACUGUGAAUGAAGAGAAGAGUUGUAGCUCAUUACAGCGAAAUAAACUAGACCCGCCCUGUGUUGAAAGGUGGGAAUAUUGUAAAUUUUACGCACAUUAUAGUUUUUUUUUCCGUUUUGCAUCUUUGUGUAUUUCUCUUAUUAUUAUUUUUUUUCUUUUUGCUUGGAUUAGAAUGACUGGAAUAUGUUCAGAUUGGAGGGCAGGGCCCUCAUGGUUGGCAACCCCUGGCUGUGUUUCUUUUGAAUAUAUAGUAGUUUUAUUUUAUUUGACCACAUAUUGAACGAAAAACGCAUUAAAAAUUCCAAGUACAACCCAG